GCUGUAGCCGGGCCGGCUUCGGCGUCGCCGCCAUCUUUGUUGAUGUGUCAGCUCCGCGGGAGCUUGGAGCAGCCGCGGCGGAGGGAGCGUGCUUUUGGCUCUGUUUCCACCGCUGUCCCCACCGCCCCCGCACUUCCAGGUCUGCGGGGCCCCUCUAUGGAGAAGUUGAUUCCUGAGCGGUAGUUCCAGCAGCUUCUUUAGGGGUGUGGCCUGAGGCUCGGAUCAGUGGGAUGUAAGACGAAGAUCAGAAGCAGAUUUGAAGACUUACACAGUGAAUCGGUGCCAGUCAGCAUGUCGGAGACAGAGCACAUAGCCUCCAUUUCCUCUGAUCAAAAUAUUGAGAAAACGCCGGAAACAAAGGAAGGCUCAUGCAACUCUUCUUCUGGUGAUGAAAGCAGCAGCUUAGAAAAUGAGUCCAAACUGUUGUCAUUAAACUUUGAUCAAACUUUAUGUCAGCCUAAUGAACACAAUAAUCAAACUGAAACACAGGAAAACUAUAUUCCAGAUCAUGGUGGGGGUAAGGAUUCCUGUGCUAAAACAGACACAGGCCCAGAAAAUUCUGAACAAAUAGCUAGUUUUCCUGGUGGAGAUUUUACAAAGCAAGUUUUGAAAACAAGUGAAGCAGAACAAACAGUCACACAAAUAUUGGCGGAAUUAAGGUCAUCUACAUUUACAGAAGCAGGUAAUCAAAAGACUUACUCAGAAAGUCUUUAUGAUACAGACUGCACCAAGAAACUUAUUUCAAAAAUAAAGAAUGUUUCAACAUCAGAGGAUUUGUUGGAAGAAAUAGAAUCUGAACUCUUAUCUACUGAGUUUGCAAAAGAACACCGAGUACCAAAUGGAAUGAAUAAGGGAGAAAAUGCAUUAAUUAUGUUUGAAAAGUGUGUGCAAGAUAAGUAUUUGCAGCAGGAACACACCAUAAAAAAGUUAAUUAAAGAAAAUAAGAAGCAUCAGGAACUCAUCUUAGACAUUUGUUCAGAAAAAGACAAUUUAAGAGAAGAACUUAAAAAAAGAACAGAAACAGAGAAGCAGCAUAUGAACACAAUUAAACAGUUGGAAACAAGAAUAGAGGAACUUAAUAAAGAAGUUCAGGCUUCCAAAGAUAAAGUAUUAGCUCAAGACAUUGCAGCCAAAAAUGCAAUUCAGCAAUUACACAAAGAGAUGGCCCAUCGAAUGGAACAGGCCAACAAGAAAUGUGAAGAGGCACGCCAGGAAAAAGAAGCAAUGGUAAUGAAGUAUGUAAGAGGUGAGAAGGAAUCUUUAGACCUUCGAAAGGAAAAAGAGAUACUUGAAAAAAAACUUAGAGAUGCAAAUAAAGAAUGUGAGAAAAACACUAACAAAAUUAAGCAACUUUCUCAGGAGAAAGGACGAUUACACCAGCUGUAUGAAACAAAGGAAGGUGAAGCUACUAGACUCAUCAGAGAAAUAGACAAAUUAAAGGAAGAUAUCAACUCGCACAUCAUUAAAGUAAAAUGGGCACAAAACAAAUUAAAAGCAGAAAUGGAUUCACAUAAGGAAACCAAAGAUAAACUCAAAGAAACAACAACAAAAUUAACUCAAGCAAAGGAAGAAGCAGAUCAGAUUAGGAAAAAUUGUCAAGAUAUGAUAAAAACAUAUCAGGAGUCAGAAGAAAUUAAAUCAAAUGAGCUUGAUGCCAAACUUAGAGUCACAAAAGGAGAACUUGAAAAACAAAUGCAAGAAAAAUCUGACCAGCUAGAAAUGCAUCAUGCCAAAAUAAAGGAACUAGAAGAUCUGAAGAGGACAUUUAAGGAGGGCAUGGAUGAGCUCAGGACACUGAGAACAAAGGUAAAAUGUCUAGAAGAUGAACGAUUGAGGACAGAAGAUGAAUUAUCAAAAUAUAAAGAGAUUAUUAAUCGCCAAAAAGCUGAAAUUCAGAAUUUGUUGGACAAAGUGAAAAUUGCAGAUCAGAUACAGGAGCAGCAUCAAAGAGGUAAACAAGAAAUUGAAAAUUUGAAGGAAGAAGUGGAAAGUCUUAAUUCUUUGAUUAAUGACCUACAAAAAGACAUCGAAGGCAGUAGGAAAAGAGAAUCUGAGCUACUACUGUUUACAGAAAAGCUCACUAGUAAGAAUGCACAGCUGCAAUCUGAAUCCAAUUCUUUGCAGUCACAGUUUGAUAAACUUUCCUGUAGUGAAAGUCAGUUACAAAGCCAAUGUGAACAUAUGAAACAGACAAAUAUGAAUUUGGAAAGUAGAUUGUUAAAAGAAGAAGAACUGCGAAAAGAGGAAGUCCAGGCUCUGCAAGCUGAACUCACUUGUAGACAAACUGAAGUUAAAGCAUUGAGUACCCAGGUUGAAGAAUUAAAAGAUGAAUUAGUGACUCAAAGACGUAAACAUGCCUCUAGUGUCAAGGAUCUUACCAAACAACUUCAGCAAGCACGAAGAAAGUUAGAUCAGGUUGAGAAUGGAAGCUGUGAUAAAGAAGUCAGCAGCAUGGGAAGUCGUUCUAGUUCAUCAGGGUCCCUCAAUGCUCGAAGCAGUGCAGAAGAUCGAUCUCCAGAAAAUACUGGGUCGUCAGUAGCUGUAGAUAACUUCCCAGAAGUAGACAAGGCCAUGCUGAUUGAGAGGAUAGUAAGGCUGCAAAAGGCACAUGCCCGGAAAAAUGAGAAGAUAGAAUUUAUGGAGGAUCACAUCAAACAGCUGGUGGAAGAAAUUAGGAAAAAAACAAAAAUAAUUCAGAGUUAUAUUUUACGAGAAGAAUCAGGCACACUUUCUUCAGAGGCAUCUGAUUUUAACAAAGUGCAUUUAAGUAGGCGGGGUGGCAUCAUGGCAUCUUUGUACACGUCCCAUCCAGCCGAUACUGGAUUAACAUUGGAACUCUCUCUGGAGAUCAACCGGAAACUACAGGCUGUUUUGGAGGAUACAUUGCUGAAAAAUAUUACUUUGAAGGAAAAUCUGCAAACACUUGGAACAGAAAUAGAACGUCUUAUUAAACACCAGCAUGAACUAGAGCAGAGGACGAAGAAAACCUAACACAAAGCUCUUCCUCAGUAAACAGACAAAAGCCACACAAGGAGCAGGUGGCACUGCCCAGCACUGUUGGAAACUUCUCCCUGCUUUGUGUGUCAGCCAGUAAAAAGUUUGUUUUGCUUCAUCUGUAUAAAGAAGUACCUUUUUACAAUACAAAUGCAUUGCUAUGUGUACUGUAAGAAUGUGAGCUCUGAUGAAACUUGUUCUUGUACAGUGACAGCCUGUCAUUGAAUCUGAACAACUGAAUUUAAUUGGCUGAUAGUCACAUGAAGUGCUGAACAUUACAACAAGGGCUUUGGAAAACCCCUUCUCCAUAUUUCUUCCCUUUAAAAUACAUAAUGUCAGAAGUGCUUUCACGUUCUAAAAUUAUGCAUGAAAGGACAGGUGUUAAUCAUUCAGUAACACGCUAUUUCUCCAACAUGAAUAAAACUAAAGAAAUGAAGAAAGCUUUUGUUUUGACAUUCUGAUAUAACAUUUGCUUGUGUGUUAGGGACACCAGUGAGUUCUUAAAUGCUUUGAUCUUCAUGGAAGCUGAUAGGAAAGUGGCUGUUGGUGACCAGCAGGGAUCGGGCAUGGAUGCUUCUGUCAGGUUUCCUUAUUUGUGCUAGGAACAUUUUUUUCAGAUGUGAAUUGAGUUAAUUGUUAAGUUUUUAAAAAUCUCUAGUUACAUAAACUAUGAUUUGAAAUAAUUUGCUCAUUUAGAAAAUUCCUGUGGACUUCAGUUGUAUUUUAAAAUGUGAAGUAAAUUAGUCAUUAGAACCAAGAGAUGAAUAACGAAUUCUUUGAAACAGAAAUACUUUAGUUUUACUGACAUCAAGUAUAAAGAUAAAUACAAGAUACUUAUGACGAACCAGUUCCCAAGAGAAUCCAGCACAGGGCACUGUUAACCAUUUUAUCUGUGUACCGUUCUUUACUGUUAGUUUAAUUAUAUGUUAUAGUGGUGUGAUCUUACAGCCCCUAAAUGUGCUGUGUUUUGGUAUAUUUAUUUAAAACACAAAAUAAUUACAUCCUUGUAACCAAAGGAGUUUUAGAGCCAAAUUUAUGUAUCCUGUUGGAUUUUUACAAUAUUUAAGAUAAGCACUCAAGUGUUGCUGGUCACAGUAUCAGUAUUUCUGUCACUGAAUUUUUUUCUUGUCUCUUGUAAUUUCUCACUGAUUUUCUACAUUUCAUUAUAUUCAGAUCAUUUCUGUAAUGAUACCUUGGCACAUACACAGAUGUUGCAGCAAGCUUCAUUUUUGUUUUGAAUUUUUGCAUCCUCCUUUUCCUCUCAAGAGAAGUAAGCAUUGAGGUGAUGGAUUAAAAGCCUUUAAAGAAUUGUAUGGCUUUACCAGUUGGGCUGGGCUUUUGUUAGCAAUGUCCCUUUAAUGUAUUUUAACUUUUUUUUUUUUAAUCAACUUACCAUUGUGUAAAAAGAUCAUUUACUAAAGGCUAGAUGAUUCAUUGUACCAUCUUAUUUUUUCUGUAUGAGUUAAUAGGUUUCAUCCAAAAACAAAAUCUUUUCACUUCAAAAUGGAAAUAUAAGUUCAGAAACACUUUAUAUUUAAAAUAGCUGUAAAAGUUUUAGUCUUACCAUAAUAUGUCUUUUUACCAGUAAUAAUUUUAUCAAAAUAAAGAAAUGAGGGUAAGUGCAAUCACAUCUGAAUUAUUUUCCUAGUUGUUUUUGAUAAUAGUAUUGAUGCUCCCAAAGACUAGUCAAUGUAACUAAAUUUUUACAGCUUCUUAUAUGAUAUAGUUCAUACACUACAGUAUUUGUUUUUUUCCUUCCAAGACACAAAAUAUGUUAAUGGAGACCAAAUAGUGGUCAGAUCUACAGUAUUCUAUGUCUGUACACUUUAAAAAUAUAUAUGUACGUACGUACACACACAUUUUUGCAUACAUAUAUUGCAUAUGAAAAUGAAACAUUCCAAUAUUAACAUUUGUGCCAGCAUUCAAAGACGUUUAAUGGUUAAACAGUUGUAGAAGAAUGCAGUUAUAAACCAUAUAUUGACUUACUAUUACUCCCCCCAUAAAUGUAAGGAACUGUGGAAAAUUUGAAGAAAAUGCUUUAUUUUCCUUUUGUUCUUUAGUUUCUACUAUAUCCUUUUGUAUAUAGAUCAUGACUGAGCAAAAGUGUUACAGCAAAGUGCAUUUAUCAAAUCUCUCUCUAGACUGACCCACAGAUCCUGAUUAAGCAUUUAGAAGGCAAUAUAUGGAAAGAAGAAUGGGGCGUCCAGAAAAGCAAAAUGGUUGGAUAAAUGAUAAACUUCUGGGAGAAAUUUUGGCUUGUCUGUUUAUUAUUAAUUAAACACAUCAAAGGCUGUUUUUGUUAGCGCCAUUUUGAUUUCUUUGAGGAGGAAAUUGUUUUUGUGUGUAUGUAUACAUACACAUGCACUUUACUAGGUUUUAAUUUUAAAACAGGCCAAAUUUUAACAGGCUAAAGUCUGAAGUGGUAUGGGGAAAAGGCAGUCACAGUAAGUAUGCACUUUACUAGGUUUUAAUUUUAAAGUGAGUACUUACUGUGACUGCCUUUUCCCCAUACCACUUCAGACUUUAGACUGUUAAGCUCUAAGGAUUGAAAAUGGUGGAUGUGAACAGUAGAAUGAGUUUAAACUUUGUUUGUUUGUUUGUUUUUUAAACUUUCUAUCCAAAACCAUUUAAAGCAAUUUAUCUUGAAAUUAAUUUUGUCAGGCUACCAACAAAUGUUAUUUAUUCAUAUAAUAAACACAUUUAUUGAAAACCCUUUAUUGCCAGGCACCAUACAGGGUGUCAACAUUAUUCUGUAGACAGGCUAGACAGGGCAGUUCGUGUCCGCAUGGGGCUUAUGGUCUAGUGAAAACCACUGGGAGGCAGUCUUUGAGUCUCUGCAGCCCACGGCCAGCCCUUGUCAUAGGAGGUUAAUGCACUUGGCAAGUAGGUGAUCCAGAAGUCUCGCUCUGGCAUGACGCUUUGGGAAGUGAAUCCUUGCUGAGGUACACUGGGAGCAGAUUGAUGUUUUUGUGGUGGUUCUGCACAUUUCCUAACUUUUUUCACAGUUUGAUGUUUAAUUAUUGUUUUAAGAAGGGGGAAAAAAAAUCCAAUGACCAUAAAAUGGCACUUAAUUUUUGCCAUUUUAGUAAAUUAUUAAUGUCCACUUGAUGCUCAUAAAGAUGAACCUAAUCAUGGUGUCAUGUUUGUUUCUAAAUUGUUUUGCAGUAUAUUAUUUUCUAAAGAUUUUUACAUAUAAUUUCAGAUGAGGAUUUAUCAGUAGAAGAAAAAAAGCACUAGAAACCAUUAAUACUGUAAAUGUUGUAUAUGUUACCCUGAUGAAAAUAUUUUGUUUUUAUCAAUCAUGGUAUUCCAUAUGGUUAAUUUGCCUUAUGAAUGCUGGAUUCAGUGGUCUGUCUUCCAAUAACCUUCUUUUUAAAACGAAAGAUUUCUUUUUUGAUACUAAGAUUGUUCAUGUUUAAUACCGAUUGGUGGCACUAGAAGCCUGAAAAAUUUUCAAGACUGAACAAGAGAAGAUAAUCAAAAGAGAAUCCAAAUAGAAUUUUUCAGGAAAAUAAAUGAAAAAUAUAAUUGUAUAUUAAAGAUGUAUUUUUCUUCUGAAAUGAAAUUCUUUUUUAAAAUGCAUAUAGCUGUCCAUUUUGACUAUGAUGAAACUUGUUUAUCUUCCAGAGUUCAUAUAUAUAUAUGUGUGCAUUGUACAGAUAAUCUUUAGUUUGAUUACACUGUUCAUUUUGUAAAUAUCUUUCUGUAUAAAAUGAAGCUUUUCAAGAGAAUUUUAUGUAUAUACUGUACUUAUUAAAUAGGAAAUGCCUGUUUACCAA